AUGUCAGACGGCAGGGCAGAGGACUUGUUUGACAGUAACUGGAACGGCUUGCGCAAUGUGGUCGGGCAGGCAGACAUCAUUGUCUUGAAGUACUCAGUCAACGACAAGCCUGCCUUCCGGGAGCUGAAGGACAGCUACACUCCAGUGAUCAAGAGGCUGCUGAGCCAGUGGGCCGUCCCAGUCAUCGUCGCCGCGGUGGGGGCCAGGCAGACCGAUGAAAGCCCGCCCUGCACCUGCCCGCUCUGCACCUCGGACAAAGGCAGCUGCGUCCCCACCUGCGAGGGGCUGGAGCUCUCCAGAGAGCUGGGGGCCACCUACCUCGAGCUGCACUCGCUCAGCGACGUCUCCGCGGGAAACUACUUCGGGGGAGUGCUGGAGUACUUCAUCAUUCAGUGUCUGAAGCAGAAAUCCUCAGAGAGCACCAGGAAGAAGAGCCCCAGAGCUCGAAGACCCAGGCCACCACUGCUGGAGCAGCCAGCCAAGCUGGCCGCGCUGGAGGUGGAGAAGUCCAGCUGGUCCUCCGACUGGCUGCGGCUGCUGGACAGCGGGCAGUGUGCGGACGUGCUGUUCUGCGCCGAGCUCUCCGGCCGGGAGCUGGCUCGGGCACACGGGGCGCUGCUGUGCGCCGUCAGCCCCGUGUUCAAGCAGCUCCUGGCGCCCGAGCCCCACGAUCCCGGCCCAGCGAAAGCCUCUCGGAGCCUCUUCUCGGAGCGGGGCAGCGGACGGCGCAGGACAGCCUGGGUGCCGAUCAUGGACAGGAAACAAGUCCCCCUGUCCAGCAGUGUGAGCCUGCCGGUGGGCCUGUGCUGGCAGUAUGGGCUGCCAGGCCCGUCUGGAGUGUGGGUUUUUAAACGGCGGAGGAGGGUGCAGUCUCCCAGCUUUGACGCCUGCAGCCGAGCUGCCGGGCUUGGGGACGGGGACGGGGCCGUGCGGGACGGGCUGCGCUGCUCACCGGCGCGUCGCUGUGUUGCAGGCGCCUCCCGCUGGAAGGAGCUGGAGCUGUCCCUGCGGGCCAGGCUGGGCGGCGCGCCGGAGCUGCGAGAGCUGCUGGCGAAGGUCCGUCUCCUGCUCGGCCGAGAGCAGCAGUGCUCCAGAGAGCUCCGUGCUCUCAGGCCCACCAGGCACCCCAGAAGCCCCCUGGCUGCCCUGUUCCACAGCCCCCUGCUCUCGGAUGUUGUCUUCAAGGUUGAAGGGGCUGCAGUCCCAGCCCACAGGGCGGUGCUGGCUGCCCGCUGCGAGGUCAUGGCUGCCAUGUUCAGUGGGAGCUACGUGGAGGCCAGCAGCCGAGUGGUACCUGUCUACGGCGUGUCCAAAGACUGCUUUGUGUCCUUCCUGGAGUACCUCUACACCGACUCCUGCUGCCCUGCCAGCGUCCUCCAGGCCAUGGCCCUGCUGGUCUGCGCCGAGAUGUACCAGGUGCCCCGGCUGCAGCACCUGUGCGAGGUCUGCAUCUGCACACGCCUCCAGAGCAUGUCCAGCAGAGAGCUGGCGUCCAGCAGCCUCGGCGUGGUGGAGCUGCUCGGGCGGGCGCAGUUUCACCACGCACCACAGCUGUCCACAUGGCUCCUGCACUUCAUCGCCAGUAACUACCUGAUCUUCAGCCAGAAGCCGGACUUCUCCAACCUCACCAGGGACGAGCGGGACUUCGUUGAGAAGCACAGGUGGCCGUCCAGCGCGUACCUGCAGGAGCUGGCCGAGUUCAGACGCCACGUUCACCGGCGGCACUCGCGCUGCGCCGUCAUGUGACCAGACUGGAGGAGACAGACACGUCCACAAGGCAAGAGCCUUCUGUGAUCUGAUGGGUCUGCGCUGUUGACAGAGGGGACAGAAACACUGUACUGCAGGACAUGCUCUCACUGAACUGCUGACGUGUGAGAGCUUAUUCCCUGAAAGUCAUGAAGGGGGCAUUACCUGUUUUUUUUUUAUUUCAUACUAACUUAUCAUCACAAAUGACUCCCUAUAGUCUGUGUUACAGACUGCACAUCAGUGAAAAUACAAGACGCCACAGGAAUAAAGUCACGUUUGAACUCUCACGACAAAAUGCCAGGGCCAGAGUUUCACUGACCGGGCCAGCUGAAUGCCCUCUGCUCGUUUUGCAACUUUUGCUCCUGCCUAUGAAGUUGACCCCAUGAAACAACAAGGAGCCGUUCUGCUCUGAUUAAAGGCGCUUCAUUGAAUUUCUAAUAUCAGAUAUGCUGGAUGUAUGACAGCCACACAAAAGGCACCAGUAACAAUAAAUAGCUUUAGCCAGUGAGAAUGCACCGCUCCACUAAUUCCUAGAGCAGUUCAGUUCAGGUGGACAUUGACCUGGGAAGUGAUGGCUCAGCUCUCUGCAGGGUCACGCAGAUUAGACACAGGCCACAUGGCCGUGCUGUAAGUAUGACAGAGCCACGUUUCUCAGGUCUGUACGGACUGGACGCGGGUAGUUUGUGCGGACUAUUCGCCGGUGGUGUGUGCGGACUGGACGCCGGUGGUGUGUGCGGACUAUUCGCCGGUGGUGUGUGCGGACUGGACGCUGGUCAUGGACAUUAUCGGACAACUGUAUUACUGGACAUUUAGGAAAAAGCUGAAAUAAACCAGGUAUUUGAUGUAUUUUGACUUUUCUACAAGCUAUGGAAAUAGAAGGCUGUGUUUUAUGCAAUAACCUUAAAAAACUUAAAUAUCUCCUUAUAAACAUAAUAGUAGCUUUUGCUUCAGGUCACUAAAUAUUUUAAUUUUAUCUUCAAUUAAGCAAGAGGUCUUACCGCAAAAUAAUAAACAGGGCCCUUAACUUAAGGACAUCGGAGGUCAAAUGAUUUCAUGUUUUCUGUAUAUAGAACACUUUAAGCAAGUGUCUGUUUCACCAGGGUUGCAUGCUCACUGCAAACAAGUAAUGAUCAUGUACACAAAUAAAGACAGAGUUAUUCCAA